AUCCGGCUGGUAGGGGGAGUGCCCAGCUGCUGCGUGUCGCUAACCUGAGUCUAGGGCAGUAGCUGUCUUUGACAGACGCACAGUGCGAGGUGCGAGAUAAUAGUUCGUACAUCCAUCAUCCUGCGUGCGUGCUCUGAUACUUGUGAAUGUGUGUGGGUGAAUUGACUCGCGUCAAGUGCCAGUAGAACGUUUAGCCUUUAUACCCAUUUAGAAAGGUUUGAUUUACAAAGGUAUGGAAUCUGCGAGAAAGCAAGUUUUGAAUGAAGACAAAAGAAGAGGUAAAAAACGUCACUUGCGUCUGAAUGCAGUUCGAAAGAAAAGGAAAUGGAACAAAGGGAAAGUUUUACGUUUAGUUGACGGCAGGCUGCGUUACGUGAAAAACCAUGAAACAAGGUUUUCCAACUAUACUUCACAUGAGUCUUUCAGUACAUCCAAACACGCGGGGAAUAUAGAAAAUGCUGUUGAAAGGAAAACCCAGACAGACAGUGAGACUUGCUACAUAACGUUGUCUCCAGCAAGGUGUUCCACCUCUCCCGGCGAUACUGCUUCACAUGAUCAAGUAGACAUCGAUGGAGCAGGUUGUUCGUAUUGGACAAACGAAAUAUUGGCGACACCGCAGAAAGUCACAACUACUGAUUAUCCUACAGAAGAAUAUGAUGUUACUGGAAUAUUUUCAGACACGGAACAAGAGUCAAAAUCGGUCACAAGUGACUACGCUCAGCUUCUUGAAGGCGUGGAGAAACUUUCGUCACCAGCAUCUUCACCCGAACAAACCUCUCCUAAAAAAACUUUCAGCUCUGAAUCAUCAACCUUUCCGAUACAAGGCCGUCGACUGUUUGAUGUUGACUUUCUAUUCAAAGAAAUGUCGCGCAUCAGCCAACAUAACAAAAUGUUUCAGUGUUCGUUUGAAAAUAUGCGAUUAAUAAAAGAACAUAAAAAUGGAAUGAUAAGUAAAUUUGAUUUCAAGUGUAAUAUGUGUGGUACUGUUGAAUCUAUUUUCUCGGAGGACCCCCAAACAAAUAAAGUCAACUGUAACAUGGCAUGGGUGAACAGUAUGUUGUUAACGGGCCAAAGUUUUACACAGUUACAAGACAUAACUUCAACUUUGGAAAUGCCUUGCAUGGCCAAGGAGACUUUCAACAAAUGUCAAAAAUCCCUAUCUUCUGUUAUACACGAUGUCGCAUGUCAAAGUAUGGAAGCCGCUGGCAAAGAAGAAGCAAGAUUGGCAGUAGAAAAUGGCAGUGUGGAUGUCGACGGAGUUCCUCUCAUAGCAGUUGUCACUGAUGGAGCUUGGUGUAAACGAUCGUAUGGAAACAAAUAUGAUGCUCUUUCUGGGGUGGUAAGUUUGUGUAUUACGUAAUCUUAUUGCGUGUUGAAUAAUAAUUUGUAGGCAAUCUGUGUUAUAUCAGUAAUUAUGUAUUAUUAGUAACUAAAAUAAGUUCAUGACAGUGUGAACAACACGUAAUAGUUAUUUUGUUAAUAUUUCCUUCUUUUGUAGAUAAAUGCGACAAUUUAAAUUCUUUAUAAGUGCAAACAUUGUAUAGUUAUUUUGUGAUAGACCUGUUUGCUAGUAUGAAAGUCUUUUAGGCCUACCGGCAUAGAGCCAUAUACUUAGAGCCUAUUGACAUAAUGCCAGACAUUCGAAAUAAUGUAAUUAUCCUGAUUAUACAAUGUUCGUUACCUUACAUUAAGUUUUACAGCGAACAGAUUAAAUAUGCUUGUUUUUUUUUCUUAUAGGCUUGCAUAGUAGGAAAAGAAACAAAAAAAGUUAUCUUCGCAAGCACUAGGAAUCGAUACUGCUGCAUAUGUUCACGAGCAAACAGUAAAAAUGAGACGCCAAAGGACCACGUCUGUUUCAAAAAUUGGAACAAGUCUUCAAAUGCCAUGGAAUCUGACAUCAUAGUGGAAGGUUUCAAAUGCAGUGUUUCCAUGCAUAACCUGAAAUAUCAUCAGCUGAUUGGUGAGUCACAAGGUGAUCAGUUAAUUUCAGAUGUUAUUAAUUAUUAUGUAUUUGUGUCGAUCGUAUAUUUUCGAAAUAAUUUCAAUGCCGUGUGGUAUUUAAUGUUUUUAUUUCCGACGUCGCACGUUUCAUAUGUUUUCAUACAAUGCUGCAUAUUGUAACGAACUGAAAUGUAGCGCUUUUGUAACAGCUACUUCCUAAAUAUACAGAAAGGUAUUAGCUCUACAAUGUUUAUAAAUGUAACCUCGCGAAGAGUAGGUACUAAAUAUUGUGAACUAUAUGAAAAUAGUUAGCCUCAGAGCAGUAACCGAGCGCUCUGAUAUGCCUACAAGAAGAACGUGCAUAUGUGGCCAUUUCGAGUUAAAAAUGAUUUGGUAGUUUUCUGUAGGUAUUUUUCAGUGAGCCAUUGUAUGUAAGUAGUUGUGUUAAUUAAAGAAAUGUUGUCUUGCACUUGUAUUUCAUACCCCAAAAAUAGCAUAGCCAUACAAUUCAGAGCCUACCACUAUGUUAAUAUAUGUACUUCUUUGAGGGCUUAACUGCAGAUUUAUGUCUUGGUAUGGUUCUUAGGAAUAUUUUUUAAAGGGUAUGCAAGGUAUAAAGUUUUCCAUUUAGCCGAAAAAAGGACCCAAAAAUAUUGUAAAGUAUGCGGCCUUAGUUUUAAUAUUUGUGAGAAAUAGAGUAUUGAAGUCUUAUCUUGUUUAAGGCCAUGUUACAGCGUUUAACGGCCCUUCAAAAACAAUAAUUUUUAAUCAAUGUUUUGUCUAUACAGAAAAAUCACCCAGUUUUAACAAUACCACCUUAAACGUUUUAUUAAAGUAUUGUCAUACCAAUAAACAUAACAGUUUUUUUCCAAUAUUUCUAAAUAAGUUAACGCCAAUUUUUUGCCCGAAAAUGAGAUAAAGAAUGACAAAAUAAUGUAUGCGGCCGAAUUAUACGUGGUAGAUUUAAAUAGCUUCUAAGGAUUUGUUCACAGUUUCAUUUCACGGAGUCAUGAAUUUUCUCAAUUCAUUACAUUGGAAACUAACUGAUAAAUUUAACUCAUUUUCGAAACGCUGCAACAUGGCCUUGUAUUUUUUUUCGUAUAUAAAUAAAUACCUAUACAUUUAUCACAUUAGUACGUAGCGUGUUGUAAACAUUUUCAGGAGAUGGCGAUAGCAGCAUUAUGACCCAGUUGGUGAAGGCUCAGCCAUAUGGUCCAAAUUUUACAAUCACCAAAAUUGAAUGUACUAACCACAUACUGCGAAAUUACCUUCGAAGGAUACGUUGUAUUGCUCAAAAGACGAAAAACGAAAUUGGUUCCGUUUCUCCUGUUCUACGAAAGGCUGUAUCUGACAAACAACUCCGCCUUCGAGCUGCAGUCACCGGAGCUGUGCAGCAUAGGCGUGCUCAAAAAGAGUUUCCAAUUCACAGAAAAAUUGAGGAGUUAAAACUUGACAUUUACAAUGGUCCAUUUCACGUAUUUGGUGACCACUCAGGAUGCGCAAUUAGAGGUUAUUUCUGUAGCGGAUUGAAAGAAAACGAGGAAAACCUUGUACCGCCUCUUCAAGAGGCAGGUAUAUGGUCAGAAAUAAUAGCAGCUCGAAACAUUGUUGCACAUCAUGCUGUAAGCCUUUUACAUAAUGUCAAUACUAAUACAGCAGAGUCUUUCAAUAAUGUGGUUUGCAAGCAUGUUUCAAGUAAACGAGUAAACUUUUGUUUGAGUGGUGGCUACCAAACAAGAAGCGAGCUCUCUGUAAUUUCUUUUAAUUCAGGUCCUCAAACACAGUCCUUUAUCCAUAAAGGUUUAACAAACAGUAGUCCUGGAAACAUCACUAAAGCUCACAUACAGCGCAAGGAACGUUCAUCAGAGAAAAGAAAGCUCAGGAGGCUGACAAACCCACAAACAUUUAAGCGCAGAAAGUUGUAUGUGACAGGUCCUGACAAGGAUUAUGGCUGUGUAGAACAACGCAUACCUGACAUGGAACCAGACGAAUAUGCAAGACAGACACAGGAAUUUCUCGCUAGUCUUUGUAAAACGGAUGAAGAACGAGAAAAUCUACAAAUCGCUACCAAAGGGCAAAAUGAUUCUGUUCUCUGGAAAUCAGAAAGAAUCAAGCGACUGACAGCAUCAAAUUUCGGUAGAAUCUGUAACAUGAAGAAAUCCACUAAGCGAGCAAAAUCCGUUGUCAAUAUAUUGUACAGUAGGUUUUCAGGGACGGAGGCCACAAGGUAUGGAUUGGAAAAUGAGCAUAGCGCCAUUCAGGAUUUUGAAGUGAACUUUGGUAAGAAGGUGGCUCGCUGUGGCUUAUUCGUCGAUAAGGAACACCCAUGGCUGGCAGCAACACCUGACGGUCUUGUUGGAGAUGAUGGUAUCCUUGAAGUAAAAUGUCCUGCCGUAGCUGCCAGAAUGUCUCCACAAGAAGCAGUGGAACAGAAAAAAGUAACAUUUUGUAACAUUGUGGAUGGUAAAAUGUUUCUGAAGAAAGGACAUGCUUACAUGUACCAAGUGCAGGGACAACUGCAUAUUACCAAUCGUAAGUACUGUUAUUUCGUCCUUUGGACACCACGUGGCUUACUAGUGCAACAAAUUGAAAGAGAGAACAGUUUCUGGAAAGAAAAAAUGAUCAACAAACUGACACAGUUUUACAUGACGUGCCUUCUACCGGAAAUAAUAGAUCCACGUUAUCCUAGGAAUAUGGAAAUCAGGGAACCUGAUAAUACACUGUAAACAAUUGAUGGACAAUAGCCUUACAUGUAAGCCAAAAUUACCACAAACAGUACAGGUAAAUUCCCAUUUUUAAAGAAGGAUAUUAACAACAAAAAUGAUUUCAUAAAGAUUACAGUUAGGCCUAUAGAUUUUUGUUUUCUAGUCCAAUAAACAAUUGAAACAUAGAAAAUUGGCGUACUAGUUUGACGAAAGAUGUUUGAAAUGAUACAGUUAUACAGACAAGUGCCCAGUUGCCAGUUUCCGUGCCAACAGAAAAAAAAACCUUAUGUUUGUGUAUGCUGUGAAAUACUUAAAUCAAUAUAAUGUAACAGUGUAAUUGGCAUGCAGUGUCUUAUAACUUUGCACUUAGAUUAUAUUAUUAUGGGCCGUAUCUCAUUGUGAAUCGUUUUAAAAGAUAUACGUAAAAUGUUUGUUUCACUCUACAUGUUAUAUUGUGCGCUGAUAGUUUACUACUAGUAUCGAGCAGCUGUUUAUUUUUAUUUUUGGUUUUGAUGUAUUAACAUUAGUUUCAUUAUUUGUAUUUGCACCGUAUUAUUUAUCAAGAGUGUUCGAAACGAAAUAAUUUGUUAUACUGAAUCUGAAAUAGUUGUAUGAAUAUAUUUAUUUUUGUAUGUUUAAAUAUGUAAGGUGGAAUAUUUUUUUGUGUAAACAAUUAGUAUGUAUGUUCAGAGCUAUUGUAUUGUAGCUAUUGUCUCAACAGUUUCAAAACAUUAAGCCAGUUUUUUACCAUUUACUUAAGCUGAUUCAUGGUGACAACUGUCUUAUUUUGUGGUACAAAUUACAUAGAUGUAUAACCUGUAGUAAGAAUGAACAUAACAAUUCUCAUAGAUAUAAAAUGUAAAUAAA